UAUGUCAAACGUAACAUCUAGCUCUUAUCUAUCGAUUUCUUCUUCACAAGCAAUAAGCGAUGCAAAACAAAUUCUUUUAAAUAGUUUAUUGAAUUGUUUAAAAGAAAAGGAUAACUCUAAACACGUAAAUUUAGAAAAACGUCAAUCAUUUAUAGACGCUUUAAAUGGAUGUUUAGAAUUUCAAAAAGUUCCUAAGGACAAGUAUCAGCUAAAAGAAAGGAGUGAGGUCGAAUCGAGCGGCCGAAAAUUAGAUGAUUCAUUGUCUUUUGUUAUGGUAACCGAUUCCAGUGAGGAGUCUAAUGAUAGUAUAGAAUUUAGUAAUGAAAAAAGAAUUAAUGUAAAAGAUGAUGAUAGGUGUACAUUAGAUAAAAGUAAAACUAGAGAAGACAACGAAAAUAGAAAUGAAACUUUACAACGUUUAAUUAAAAAGUUUCACACAAUCAGGGACAAAGAAAUAAAUAGAGAGGUUCUUAAGGAUUCAAAGAAUAGUGUGAAGAAAUCUAACAAGAGAGUAGACGAAGAUAGCUGGAUUAGUUUUGAAGAGACGUCAGCCGUUACUUCUAACCCCCACUCAAAUCAAGCUUUAAAGAAAAGUAAAAAUGAUAGAGAUCAGCUUUUCGAGGAAACGACAUCAUCUUGCGAUGAAUCGAAUACUUUAACUAAAACUACGACCAAUUCAAAAUCAUAUACACCUAUAAAGAGUCACAAAAUUAAUCGGGAAAAUCCUAGAAUUACAGCAAAGAACUAUUUGAAUGAACAGCUUUCAAAGACAAAUUCAAAAGAUAAUAAAGAUUAUCUGGAUUAUAAUCAAUUAUCAAUUGAAUCACCAGGAAUUAAAUCAGAAUCCGUAACACUGAAUGAAACAGAGCAUAUUGACAUUCUUAAUAGGUUGCAUAAUAAUACAGUAUCCGGUAGUCUUCCUCUUUCUAUAAAAAAUAAAAAAAAUAAAGUAGAACCUUCGACGGAUGAUACUGACAACAGUGUGACACUUGCUCUUAAUCAAAGACGCUCUAAUAAUGUUAGAGAGUUACAAUCGAAAUUUCAAGUUUUGUCAAAUCUUUCUCUACACUAUUUAGAUUAUAUGAUGUCGUUCUUUUCGGCGAAAUGUCUACGCUUUAACGAUGUUAAACUAGCCUGUCUUCGUCCAAACGGAAGAAAUCCCAUCAAGAUUCAUAUCGGCUCUAGUGUCGAUGUAUAUCUUGGAUCUCUCGAACCAAAAGGUUAUAUGGUUGCCGUAAAGAUGUACAAGAAGAACUCUAAUACAAAUUUAACAAAUAUACUUCAAGAGGUUCGCGUUCUUUCAGAUCUAAAUGAUUGCGAAGAUGAGCCAACACCAUACUUUUAUGGUCUCUUGAAUAUAAAAUCAAGAAAAUACCAUUCGUAUUGCGUCGUUAAUCAAUUCUUGGGUGAUCCAUUAUCAUUUCAUACAUUAAGAUUAAUUGAUUACCUAAAACAAUGUAAAAGAGAUAAGAAACUGUGGAGAUUGGGACAAGCCACAGGUAUUAAUAGAAAGAUGCUUUUAAAAUUAGCAGAAAAAAUAAAAAUGAUCCAUUCAAAAGGUAUUCUUAGAUUUGAACUGGUUCUAUUUAAGUCAUUUAAUCAAAUAUGUAGGAAACUUAGCUAA